AUGGCCAGGAGCUCCGCGUGUGGCCAGAGGGGUAUCCUUCGCGCCCCACCUGCGUCUUGCCUGGCCCAUCAGAUGGGCAUCCUGAGCGCUCUCAGGCCCUGCGCCGCGCCCGUGCUGGACUUGCAGCUCCCCUGCCCACCGACCUCUAAGCCCUGGUCCCCGGGCAACGGGAAAGGAGCCCGCGGUCCGGGGCCUGGGAGCCGUGAGCGCACUGGGGUGCUCUCGGACUCCUUCUUGCCCAGCACCGGGAAGGCGGGGUUGGGCGCUCUGGGCGUCUGGCCUGCGAGCACUAAGUCCCCCGCGGGCCGAACCCCCCUCCCCACCGGCGCCCGGGCCCAGGGCCUUCAAAAGCGUUCAGGGUCCCUGGCCGCGACGCCCGCUCCCCCAACGUCCUGGCCCAGGCCGGGAUGGUCUGGGCCGGGAAAGAGCCGCAGGGUCGGGGCCGGCCGGCGCGUUGGGCAAGUGUGUUCGGAGGGCAGAGGCGCGGCCCGGCCCGCGGUGAUGGAUGGAGCCGGGCCGGCCGCGGGGAAGGCGAUUUAUGGGGCCAGGGCGCAGCGCUAUCGAUUUGGGCUGGUGGAGAGAGUGGGGCCACCGUCAUCCUGCUCGCCCUUUGCGGGCGCAGGGCCUCCAGGGGCGCGGAGUGGCGACCUCACAGCCCUUCCCGAGAGCGGCGGGGUCGGCGAGCCAGGGGACCCAGUGAAGUGCCUGGAACCCCUUACCCACUGCCUUCGGGCGCCUCCUGUCCCCCGGACUAUUCUUUCAGGCCAUGGAGGGCUGAACCAGCUGGGAGGGGCCUUUGUGAACGGCAGACCCCUGCCUGAAGUCGUGCGUCAGCGCAUUGUGGACCUGGCCCACCAGGGCGUGAGGCCCUGCGACAUCUCCCGCCAGCUCCGAGUCAGCCAUGGCUGUGUCAGCAAGAUCCUUGGCAGGUACUACGAGACUGGCAGCAUCCGGCCUGGAGUGAUAGGGGGCUCGAAGCCCAAAGUGGCCACCCCCAAGGUGGUGGAGAAGAUCGGGGACUACAAGCGGCAGAACCCGACCAUGUUUGCCUGGGAGAUCCGAGACCGGCUCCUGGCCGAGGGCGUCUGUGACAACGACACUGUGCCCAGUGUCAGCUCCAUCAACAGAAUCAUCCGGACCAAAGUGCAGCAACCAUUCAACCUUCCCAUGGACAGCUGCGUGGCUACCAAGUCCCUGAGCCCAGGACACACGCUGAUCCCCAGCUCAGCCGUGACGCCCCCAGAGUCUCCCCAGUCGGAUUCUCUGGGUUCAACGUAUUCCAUCAAUGGGCUUCUGGGGAUCGCCCAGCCUGGCAGCGACAGCAAGAGGAAAAUGGAUGACAGUGACCAGGACAGCUGCCGGCUGAGCAUCGACUCCCAGAGCAGCAGCAGCGGGCCCCGCAAACACCUUCGCACGGACGCCUUCAGUCAGCACCACCUCGAGCCGCUCGAGUGCCCCUUUGAUCGGCAGCACUACCCGGAGGCCUACGCCUCCCCCAGCCACACCAAAGGCGAGCAGGGCCUCUACCCGCUGCCCUUGCUCAACAGCGCCCUGGACGACGGGAAGGCCACCCUGACCCCUUCCAAUACACCCUUGGGGCGCAACCUCUCCACUCAUCAGACCUACCCCGUGGUGGCAGAUCCUCAUUCACCCUUCGCCAUAAAGCAGGAAACCCCCGAGGUGUCCAGUUCUAGCUCCACCCCUUCCUCUUUAUCUAGCUCCGCCUUUUUGGAUCUGCAGCAAGUCGGCUCCGGGGUCCCAGCCGGUGCCUCGGUCCCGCCCUUCAAUGCCUUUCCCCAUGCUGCCUCCGUGUACGGGCAGUUCACGGGCCAGGCCCUCCUCUCAGGGCGAGAGAUGGUGGGGCCCACGCUGCCUGGAUACCCACCCCACAUCCCCACCAGUGGACAGGGCAGCUAUGCCUCUUCUGCCAUCGCAGGCAUGGUGGCAGGAAGCGAAUACUCUGGCAACGCCUACGGCCACACCCCCUACUCUUCCUACAGCGAGGCCUGGCGCUUCCCCAACUCCAGCUUGCUGAGUCCCCCGUAUUAUUACAGUUCCACAUCAAGGCCGAGUGCGCCGCCCACCACCGCCACGGCCUUUGACCAUCUGUAGUUGCCAUGGGGACCGUGGGAGCGACCGAGCAACAGGAGGACCCGGCCUGGGACAGGCCCCAGAGAGUCACACAAAGGAAUCUUUAUUUAUUACAUGAAAAAUAACCACAAAUCCAGCACCGCGGCUCCCUCCCUGUGUGGUUGAUUUAAUGAACCGUGAGAGACAGAACGAUGUUGGAGAAGACCACACUGUCCUCCAGGACUCCUUAAUGAGGGGCAGGAGUCCCAGGGGUAUGGAACCGUCCCAUUGCGAAGAGACAGAAUUGGAGGAGAAAUGUGGAGAGAAGAGGGGACGGCCAGGGGCUGGAGAGGGAUGGCACACGGGGCCCACGAUGGGGUCAGGGGCACACAGAGGCGCCUUUCUGGCUCCAUCACCGACACGCUCUAGCAGCCGUGGGCUCUAAGCGCUUCUGUCUAGCCCACAAGCCACAGCGGGCGUGAAGGCGCUCCCUCGCCGCCACCUUGAGAGGCACCACCUUCUCUAUGCAGCCUGCUUGACUCUUCCUGCUUCUGCCUCUUGGCCAUGGGCUGAACACUGGGUCCAGCCAACCAGGAGCUCCACCCUGUGGUCAAGGUGGUCACCCGCCUUCCUUUUACCUCCUGCUGUGAAUGCACUAGCUCCAUCCUCCCAAGUGCGCCCCACCGUGGAUGCACCCCUUGGCAGGCAGC